AUGUUUGCUUGAGUUGAAUCAUUUCGCGGCAAACGCAGCUGUUGUUGCUUUAGUGAAUUCUUCAUCAACAUUAAAAAUUUAAACAAUUUUAAUAAGUCAAUAAAAUGGAAAACGGUGAUGAAAUUGAUGCUAAGGAUCUUCUGCGCAUUAUGAUAUCUACUGAUAACCACUUAGGUUAUGCCGAAAAAGAUCCAGUUAGAGGUGAAGAUAGUUUUAAUGCUUUUGAGGAAAUGUUAGAAAUUGCUGUUGAGGAGAAUGUAGAUUUUAUACUCUUGGGCGGUGAUUUGUUCCAUGAUGCAGUACCAAGUCAAAAUUCGUUGCACAAGUGCAUGAAAUUAUUGCGAAGAUACACUUUUGGAGAUAAACCGGUUGAACUAGAGUUCCUUAGCGAUCAAACCACAAAUUUCCAUAACGCUGUUAAUGACACUGUGAAUUACGAGGAUCCAAAUUUAAAUAUUUCUAUACCAGUUUUUUCAAUUCAUGGUAAUCACGAUGAUCCAAGUGGCUUUGGUUGUCUUAGUUCCUUAGAUUUACUAUCUACAAUGGGUUUGGUUAAUUAUUUUGGUCGCUGGACGGACCUAAGCAAAAUUGAUCUUACGCCGAUUUUAUUAAAAAAAGGAGAAACUCGACUUGCGCUUUAUGGCCUAAGUCACAUACACGAUGCACGUUUGGUUCGAUUGUUUCAAGGUUUAAGUACAAAUAUAAAUCAACCUAGUGAUGAAGAGGGUGAAUGGUUUAAUUUAUUUGUUUUGCAUCAAAAUCGCUAUGACCGUGGACCAAAGAAUUUUGUGCCAGAAGAAAUUCUUCCUGAUUUUUUUGAUUUAAUUAUUUGGGGCCAUGAACAUGAUUGUCGCUUACAACCUGAGCAUAAUGUAAAAAAAGAUUUCUUCGUAAGUCAACCAGGCUCAUCUGUUCCAACGUCAUUAGCGGAGGGUGAAGCAAAGAAAAAACAUGUGGGCAUAUUAACUGUAUAUAAAAAAAACUUUAAAAUGAAACCAAUAGCAUUGGAAUCGGUGCGUCCGUUCAUUUUUGAAUCGGUCAAUCUUAAUAAGUUAACUGAAGAACUUCUUCUGGAUGAAUGCGAUGCGUCUAACAAGGUAAAAAAUUUUGCUGAACAACGUGUUUUAGAAAUGAUUGAAAGAGCAAAAGAGAUGUUGACUGGUCAUCCUAAACAACCAACACUGCCGUUGUUAAGAUUACGUCUAGAGUUUAGUGAGGAAGAGCAAAUGUUCAAUGCUAUCCGCCUUGGCCAAAAUUUCAAUGAACAGGUGGCAAAUCCAGCAGACAUAAUAACAUUCAAGAAAAUGAUGAAAAGAGUGAAAGGCGAAGCUGGCCAAUGUGAUAAGGAAGCAAUGAAAAAUGCAUUUGAAGAGAUGGAUAUUGAUGUUGGCACCCGCGUAGAAGACUUAGUGGAUCGCUACUUUGAGGAAGUUAAAGAUACAAAAACAUUACGUUUGAUCUCUUCCAAAAUAUUUUCGGAAAUGUGUUUUCGCUUAGUAGAACGACGUGAUGUAAACGCUGCGGAAAGUAUUAUUAAUUAUUAUAAAGAAAAUGUGGUUGCACAUUUAAUGGAUAAAUUACCCACAGAAGAAAAUAUACAGGAAGAAAUAUCCAAUUUCAGGGAUAAAGUUGAACUUGAUGAUGUAUUGAAAAUGUUGGAUAGUCGCAGUGCGAAAGCUAAUAUACCUGCAACUACAGCAAAGGGGGGAGCUAAAUCUUCGAAGAAUAAUAUGGAUAAAGACUUUUUAUUCAGUGAACAACACAAAGUUGACAGUGAUUUCGAUAGCACUACCAGCACGAGAGGACGAGGAAGAGGCAAACGAGUGGCACGCGGUGGUGGAACUCGCGGUAAAAACAGUAUGCCACCAUUAAAUAUCUCGGUUGGUGUAAACGAUAGUUUUACGUCUGCUGCUGUACCCAGAACUCGUGAAAGUAGUCGUGGCGGACGUGGGUCACGUGGUGGUAGAACUCGCGCAAAAAACACCAUGCAACCAGCGAGUGCCUCGGUUGGCCGUACUCGUUCAUCUGAAAGACAACAAAGUUUAUUGGAUGCGCUUAAAUCUGCAAAAACUAGCAAACAUGUGAUGGUAAUAGAUGACUCCGACGUUGAUUCCGAUUAAAUAUAAAUACUUAGCUGUAAGAAACUGGUUUAUAUAACUGUUGAGAAAAUUUUUGAGUAUUCCAGUCUCAUGAAUUUAAUUUCAUAGUUUUUAUUUUUAUUUAAUAAAAAUAACUUGCUACCUUAAUUGUUUA